CUUGAAAAAAAAACAAAAACAAAACAAAAUCCAGGCAGGCAGGUACCCUUUCAUUUAAUUUAUGAACUUCUUUGUUCGGUAAGAUAAUCUAAAAUCAAAGCAGCAAGUAGUAAUAUACUUAUGAUAUACAAGGCGAUGAAUCCUCGAACAGACAAGAUAGUGAGGAGGACAACAAUGGUAGCCACUGCUGUUGCUUCUUAUUUCCUCUUAACUGCUGACUAUGGUCCUCAACCCAAUGCUGUUGAACCCAUCAAAAGGGCCAUAUUAUCAGCACAAAGUUCUGUGAAAGAGUUCAUCUUUGGAUCAGGGAAAGAGCCCUGAGGUAGUCAAAUGGAGAAGGUGAGCUCUAGCAGUGCUAAAGAGCAUUAACAAGGAUACAGGACACAAUUUUGCAUGGCACCAUGAUUGUUCUAGGCUAAGUUUCUUAUGGCCAUUGUCAAAUAGAGGUAUCAUGAGACCAGGCUCCUUUUUAGCUUUGCUAGAAACUUCUUUAUAUCUGUACAGUUUUUGCCAAACGCAGUACUUAAGAUGCUUUCUGUAGCCACAUAAUUUAAGUGGACGCUGAUGUCCAUCUUUUGCCUUUCCA